GCGAGACUCAUGAGGAACAAGGAGACGAAGGAGCUUGUAGCCAUGAAGUACAUAAAAAGAGGCUUUAAGAUUGAUGAGAAUGUGGCCAGGGAGAUCAUAAACCAAAGAUCAUUGCGAUACCCAAACAUAAUUCGGUUCAAGGAGGUUGUAUUGACUCCUACUCAUCUUGUCAUUGUCAUGGAAUAUGCAGCAGGUGGAGAGCUCUUUGAACGAAUCUGCAAUGCGGGAAGGUUCAGUGAAGACGAGGUGCAUUACUUUUCCAGACAUUAUUCUAUUUCUGUAAAUUGUAAUUCAGUUCUAUCAAAGUUCAGCUCUUUUUUCAGAAACUGCACACACCCAUGGAUUCUUCCAUCACCAUUUCUACAAUGGAAUAUAAUGACAUACCUAUUUGCACACGCCAAUGGAUUCUUACAUCACCGUUUCUACAAUGGAAUAUAA